GGAACAUAUGCACACUUGCACAAAAAAUCGGUUUAGCUCUUAUGAUCAACAUAUUGAUCCACAUGAUUUAAUUUUUGCUUAGGUCUAUAGUUGUUUUAGAGGUACAAUCAACUCUUAAAACAUUUACUUUAUAAACUAAAAAAGUUAGUUAAUGUUCUGGAAUUGCUUACAUAGUCUGAAAAUCAGUCAAAACACUCACAUGACAUUUUUUGCAUUUGAGAAACUGUAAUCACCAUUUGUAUUUGUUAUUAUUUAAUGGGUAAUGUGUUCAGCCUUUUCUGCCAAUUGACUGUUUUUAAGUGUCCAUGUUUGUGAUAUUGUUCAUGUUUUUGUUAAAUUGCACCUGUAAUCUGUGUUUCAUUUGUCAUAAUUUAAACUAAAUCAAUGUAGUAAUGCACAGUACUCAAAUAUUUUUUCAUUAUUUAGGCUUAAAUGGAUUUUCUCAUAUCUUGUCCCUGUAUGCUUUGUCUAAUACUUUCAACACAAAACAGUGAUGAAAAAUUAGGUUUUAUUAAUGCCAGUUGACAUUGCAUUGAGGAUGACCUUGGGUUGCUUUGUUACCACUUAUUUGGUUGUGUAAUUUGAUGUAGUUCUCAUUUUACACUAUCCUCAUGCUGUGGUUAUUCUUUCGCUAAAUCUCUUACACAUAUGUGUACGCAUGUUGUGUAACUGGCAGUGCUAGUUUGAAGAUGUGUGAGAAAAGCAGUGAGUGUAGAAAUCGCUGCUCGUCAACCAAGGACUCAAAAAACUCUUUAUCUUAUUAUUUCAUGCCGUACUGUUAAGUUACAUAUAUAGCUAAAUGUGAAGAAUAUGUAAAGUCACUCCAAGUACAACACAAAUUCAGACAUGUAAAAAGUCAAAAUGUUCUCAGUUUAUCAUAUUGUGUUAUAUGUGUUAUUGUGUUAUGUUUAUGCUUUUCUCAGAUCACAUUGUAACCAUGGGCUUUCCCAGAGGGCCUCACUUCGUCGUUAGUCACGGUGUUCACCCCUAGAAAAAUAAUGUCUUGAAACUAUUUUUAAGCUUUGCUGUGUUCAGAACACCACUGAUGUGUGACUCUAUGUGGAUUCCCUGAGUGGGUUGCUUAACAAGAUAAAGCGUUUGUAAGGAUGUCAGAUGUCUUGUUUUCCCCACGGGCAUAUGCUGUUGUGCUGUCAUAAUCCUCCGGCUGCGUGUCUCACCGUAACAUCCUAUCAUUCUCUCUCAUUUGCUUGUGCUUUGAUCAGCUUCCUUUCUCUUUGACUUGUUUGUGGGUUAACAAGUGGCCGAGGCAGGUAUCUGGCUCAACAGGGUCUCGCUGCAUCACUCCUUGUUUCAUCAUCAUCAUCAUCAUCACAGAUUAAAAUUUUCUUUCUGAAGGUGACGGCCCUGGUCUUGGGGAGCUAUUGUCCUGCAAAACAGUUAUCCAAACGCAUAAAGGGAAAUUCUUCUCUUUUAAAUGAGUGCCUGAAAAUCCCUCCUGCUUUGCAUUGUCUACAUUUUGAAAAGUUUAUUCAUGCCAUUAACAUUUUUCUUACAUGUAAGUUUUUCUUGCAGGAACAGCAGCUAAAUCAGAGAUGCCAGUAAGUGGGAAGCCUGCAGAGGGAGGUGUUGCCAGGUUUUCCUAUGAAAUUAAAUGCUCCUGUGUCCCUCUGCUCCUCCCUCCCUCUUCUGUGGGAGGCCAAAGUGUUGAAGCAGUGAUGAACAACACAAAGAAGGAAGAUGUGCAUAAAGCCCUAGCCACUGUCAUAGUGUCACUCAUGAUGUACAGCUUCAUGGGAGGGGGUCUGUUCUGUGCCAUCGUGGGGAACAUCUUAUUGGUGGUCUCCACAGCCACAGACUACUGGAUGCAGUACCGCCUGUCUGGCAGCUUUGCCCAUCAGGGCCUGUGGAGGUACUGCAUGUCUGGAAAGUGCUACAUGCAGACUGACAGCAUUGCUUACUGGAACGCCACUCGUGCUUUCAUGAUCCUCUCUGCCAUGUCAUGCUUUGCUGGCAUCAUUGCAGGAAUCCUCUCCUUUGCCCACUUCUCAGCCUUUGAGAGGUUCAACCGCUCCUUUGCUGCUGGGAUCAUGUUCUUUGUUUCAACUCUCUUUGUUCUGCUUGCAAUGGCCAUUUACACCGGGGUGACAGUGAACUUCCUGGGCAAGCGUUUUGGUGACUGGCGCUUCUCCUGGUCCUAUAUACUAGGCUGGGUGGCCCUGCUCAUGACCUUCUUUGCAGGUAUAUUCUACAUGUGUGCCUACAGAAUGCAUGAGUGCAGAAGAAUGGCUGGCCCACGUUAAAAUAAACAGGAAAUACUGAGUCAUGGGUGCAAAGAAUAUUAGUUCCUUCUCAAAAAUAGAGAACUUA